AUGCUUGAUUUUUCGUAUAAAUUACCAAAUAAUAAGAAACAAAAAGCAGUUAUACAAGAUGAUGAAGAUUCUUUGCUUGAAGCAGAUUUAAAUGCACGAAAAUCAGAUAAACGGAAGGUUUGUACUGAAGGAUAUGACUCAGAUUCAUCAAAUGAAGGGUUAUAUAGGGAGCCAGAAGGAGCAGGAACUGCAAAUGCAGCAGAUAAUGGAGAUAUAGACAUGUUUGAAGAAAAUACACAUAUCCACCCGGAAAAUGAAAAACUAGACGCAAACAAUGGGCGUAUAUACCCAGAAGAUAAGCCAAAAAAAGCACCAAGAUUUAUAGAAUUGCAUGAAAUUGAAGGACAAGACUUUACAUCCACGCAGGAGUUUAUUGAUAUUCUUGAUGAAGAUGAUGAAAAUGAUGAUGACUUUGAUCCAGAGUUAGGUGCAAGUGGACGCAAGAAAAAUCCACCGAAAAUUGAAGCAUUUAAUAUGAAGACGGAUUUUGAGGAAGGACGUUUUGAUGAAGAUGGGAAUUAUAUAAGAAAUGCACCAGAUUUGAAUUCUAAACAUGAUAUAUGGCUUGAAGGAAUUAAACGAUCUGAUAUUGUUAAAGCACGAGAAGCAAUGGAGAAAAAAGAGCGAGAGCGGCAGCAGCAGGAAGUAGAAGAGGAAUUGACACUGGAAAAUAUGUAUGAAGAGUUAUUAAAGCUUCUCGAGACGGGAGAAAGUGUUUUGGAGGCACUGCAGCGUCUGGGCGGGGGGAUGACUCAAAAGAAACGAUGGACGAGUAAAAAUAAGAGGAAUGUAAUGCAAGAAGAAAUAAAUGAGGAAAAAUGUAAAGAAAUGGAAAAAAAGCAUCAGGAAAUUGAGAAGAUUACAGAGCUGGCAAAUAAAUUGAUGCAACGUGGACAUAGUGAGAUAUAUGAUAUGACACGUGAAACAAUAGCACGUGAGUAUCAAAAAGAAACAGGUAAUGCAUGGAAAAAUCCGAGAAAAGAAGAGAAAGAGGACUCGAAGUAUGAAUACAGAUGGGAAGGAAAAGACGAGGUGUAUGGACCCUACGAAAGACAUCAAAUUAAAGAUUGGCAUAAGCAAGGGUUUUUUACAGAGCAAAAAAUUGAAAUACGGAAACAAGGAGACCAGGUCUUCCAAAGCUUGGAAUAUUUUGGGUUUUCAUCUACAGCGUAA